AUCUGAGUAGAUGACAGCGACAUGGGAUUUCAGUGCAUCCGCAUCUGAGACAAGACAGACGACUUAAUAUUUCGACUGACGGCGGACAUUAAAAUGUCAGAACGGAAGAAGUCAGGCUGCGAAGUUGGGCUCCGGUUCUUCGGGUUUCUGAGGGAUACCGACCGAGCAGCCAUUAGAGCUAGAGCCGAACUGAAGGACAUUUACAACAACGAGUUCAAAGCAGUGAAUCAGACCAAAGUUCCAAACUUUAGCAGUGUCCUCUUUGGCUUGAAAAUGUCAAAAAAAAUUAAAGUGGGAAGAGAUUACAUUUACGUCAAUUCCAAGGCGAGAGGGUUUCUUGUAGACCAGUGGUACACACCCAACAGGCCUAGAGUACAGGAGGCCUUGAAUGGAGCAGCCCAUCCAUCUCCAGCUCCAUCUCCAGAUCAGCCUGCCAUGUCCGCAGACGAAGAAAAGAAGAAAUGUGCCAUGCUCUUUGUGGAACAACUCAAGAAAAACAGGGCUCACUACGUUGCAGAUAAAAAUGGCAUUGUCAUCACCUCAAAACAUCAGUUCAAUGACGGAUCACUUUUCAUAGAAUUGCAAAAAACUGAGUGUGUGGUGAAUCUAACUGUAGAAAACUCUGGAACUGAAACUGUGCAUUUUACCAGCUACACUGUGUUGCACAAACUCAGCUGCUUCACACUCAGUGAUGAGAACAAAGUCACCAGACAAAACCCACUUGUGCUCAAACCAGGUGACACCUAUGAAAUCCAAGUUCUAUACCAGUUGAAGUGCGCUGGUAACUACCCAGCGACGUUGGCCUUUGAAUUUAAGCAAGACUUGGAUUCCCCUUCAUUCCAUAUUGUGCGCUAUAUUCAGGUUCAUUAUGUGACCACAUUGGGAAUGGAGCUGAAACCUGUUGCACCUUUCAAACGCUCGCUUCCUGCCCAAUUACCUGUGUCGGAAUACAAGAUCCUCAUGGGGCAGCCACCUGAAGGGAUGUCAAAGAAUCAACUAAAAAAUGCAACUCCACUUAAGUACUAUCGAAUCCCAGGAGACAUGCCCAGCCUAAUCCAGUCUCUGAAGAAUGACACUCACUCUGAUAAAAGAAGAGAAACGCUGGAAUGCAGUUUGACUUUUGAGAACUACUCUGACAAGUUCCAUCUGAUGUUGUAUUUGGAGGAGCAUCAGAUGGAAGUGGACAUCAGGCGAUACUUCAUACCGAACAGUCAAAUGAAAUUCGCCACCAUGGAAAGAGAUCGAUACAACAAGAAGCUGCUCAUUCUGAAGAUCCCUGGUCUCUCUGAGAACCGCCCUUCAGUGCUGCGAGGGGAUAAGCUGAUGGUUUACCCCCAAGAAGAAACAUGUGUGAAGUACUGCGGUUAUGUCCACAAAGUAGAGAGGGACUCUGUCAAACUGGGAUUUCACUCAGAUUUGUUGGACAAGUUUAUCGACGGCAUGAAGUUCAACGUGGAGUUCACAAUCAAUCGUUUGAUGCUGCGUGUGCAGCACAGAGCGGUAGACUUUGCAACCUUUAGAGAGGUGUUAUUCCCACAGAGGAGCUACCACUUGAAGAUUCCUGAACUUCCCACACUCAGAUUCUAUGACAUACAGUUGGAGCGCAACCCAGAGCAGUCUAAAGCCGUGCGUCAUAUCGUAGCGGGCACCUCUAAACCUGCUCCAUACCUGGUGUUUGGACCACCCGGCACUGGCAAAACUGUCACUUUGGUUGAGGCCAUCAAGCAGAUUGUGAAGACACAGCCACAUUGCCACAUUUUAGCCUGCGCUCCCUCCAACAGUGCUACCGAUCUUCUCUGCGAGAAGAUUUCAGAACAUGUGGAUAAGCGUUGUUUGUACCGCAUGUACGCCUGUAGCCGUGACCCACAAUGUGUCCCUGUGAAACUAAAGGAAUGUUGUAACCUGGAAGGGGAGUGUUACAUUUUUCCUCCCAAAGAGGACCUGAUGAAGUAUAGAGUCAUUGUCACCACUCUGAUCACUGCUGGAAGGCUGGUCACGGGAAAUCUCCCCAAAGGUCAUUUCACUCACUUUUUUGUGGAUGAGGCCGGACAUGCCACGGAGACUGAAUGUUUAAUCCCACUGGCUGGGCUGCUGGACCCAAAGUCUGGCCAGGUGGUUCUGGCUGGAGAUCACAAGCAGCUUGGACCAAUUGUCUCAUCUCCCCUUGCUCAAAAAUUUGGAAUGGGCAUUUCCCUCUUGGAAAGAAUGAUGAAAAGUGUGUCUCUGUACCAGAAGAAGGAUGAUGUGUUCGACAACAACUUUGUCACCAAAUUGCUGUGCAAUUACAGGUCCCAUCCAGCCAUUUUGAAAAUUCCCAACGAGCUUUUCUAUGACGGAGAGCUCCAGGUCUGCGCCAAUGAAAUGAAACGCAACUACUUCUGCAACUGGGAACACCUGAAAAAAAAGGACAUCCCUGUGAUUUUCCAUGGGGUGACAGGCAUCGAUGAACGAGAGGCCACCAGCCCUUCGUUUUUCAACAGAGCGGAGGUGGAUGUGCUGAUGCACUAUGUGAAAAAACUACUGCAGACUGGUGGCAAAAAGGGCAUGGCAACCAUCUCUCCGAAAGACAUCGGCAUCAUCGCCCCCUACAGGAAACAAGUGGAGAAAAUCCGUCAGGGUCUGAAUAAAAUUGGGAAAGACUUCAAACACAUGGACAUGCAUGCCCUUAAGGUUGGUUCUGUGGAGGAGUUCCAAGGUCAGGAGAGGAGAGUGGUCUUGGUGUCAGCAGUCCGGAGCAACCGCGAAUACACAGAAUUUGACAAGAAGUUCAGCCUCGGCUUCAUCACCAACGACAAGAGGUUCAAUGUGGCUCUGACUCGAGCUCAAGCCCUGCUGAUUGUGGUGGGAAACCCGUUUGUGCUCCAUGUUGAUCCAGUAUGGAAAUGCUUCAUCAAUUACUGUAGAGAUUCAGGGGUCUACGAAUAUGAGCAUGCAGAGGAAGAUGAUGAUGUGGUGGCAAGGCUUUCAGCUCUUUUUAUGAAGAUUGAGUUACAAGUGGAGAGUGACUCUCACCAGCUUCAUUUGCCCCAAGUGGAGGAGUGAGGAAAGAUGACGUCUGAAUGUGAACUCCGCACCAGGGACCAGAAAAUUACAACGCACCAAUUUUAAUAAAUUAAUCAGAAAAUGCAACACAACCUUCACAUGACAAUAAUUAGUUCAGACUUCUCUUUAAAAAAAACUUUUAUUAGUGUUGAAGGAUGGCGGGAUCAUUCACUUUUUGUAAAUCGUAAAGGUAACCUCUGGAGGGCACAAGAACCCUAAGUUCUUGGGAAAUACAACUCAGAGGAGUGAACCAUAAAUGAAAAGUAUAACAUUAGGAAAACCACCAAAGCAUGUACAUGUGUUGGAAUUAAAAGUUCAAGAGUUGAUACAAUAUGAA